UAUUUUUAUUUUUUUUGAUUCAACUGUGACUGAUAAUUGAAACAUGGAAGCAAAGAUCGGGCAAUUCUUUGAAUCCAUCGGAACCUUCUUCGGUGGUGGCGAUCAGAUUCCUUGGUGUGACCGCGACGUCAUUGCCGGGUGUGAGAGAGAAGUUGCUGAUGCUGCUAAGGGUAAUUCAGAGGAACAGAAGAGCCAAAGUAUCAUGCGACUUUCAUGGGCGCUUGUUCAUUCUAGUCAAGCUGAAGAUGUGCAGCGUGGUAUAGCCAUGCUAGAAGCAUCAUUGUCCAAUAGCAGCUCUCCGUUGCAACAGAGGGAGAAAAUUUACCUUCUAGCUGUUGGAUAUUUCAGAACUGGUGAAUUCUCAAGGAGUAGACAACUUGUGGAGCAGUGUCUGGAGAUUGCACCUGAUUGGAGGCAAGCUCUAGUCCUUAAAAAUGCAGUUGAGGAUCGUAUUGCGAAAGACGGUGUUAUUGGAAUUGGCAUCACUGCUACUGCUUUGGGACUUAUCGCUGGUGGAAUUGCUGCAGCAUUGACUCGCAGGCACUGAUAAAAAACCACAAUUUUGCAUUUUCCCACAUCCUUG